GCUGCUGCAGGGGAAGGAGGAGCUCCGCGCUGUGGCCUCGGCAGCACUAGUAGCUGCUGCCGCCAAGGCAGUGAAGCGCUGGGCGUGGGGAGUGCGGGGGCGCAGCGUUCGCCCGAGCCGGGCCGCGAGCCGAGCCUCAGAUUGGCCAACGGCUCCUUUCAACCCUGCCUCGUUGGUGGCCACUGGAGAAGCGCGGGGGGCUCCUCAGGCAGCCCUGGGGAUAAGUUAGAGCCAGCACUUUUCCCCGGGCCUCGCGUGUAGCUUCCUGUCCCCAUUAUAGGUGCCCCAGUGUCUGGAGGGGGUGUGAGAGUGUUCCCUUCUUGCAUGUUCCACCUCCCAGGCAACCUUCUGGGGUCCUGUUCCACCUUGCUUUUGCUUCCUGCACAGUGGUCAAGAGGAACCACUAUAUCAUGUCCCGGUACAGCUUCCAAACUCUCCUGGACUGGCUCUAUGGGGGCGUGGACCCCAGUUUUGCAGGCAAUGGGGGCCCGGAAUGUGCUGCCUUCCUCUCUUGGCAGCAGCGGCUGCUGGAAAGUGUGGUGGUGCUGACCCUGGCCCUGUUGGAGAUCCUGGUGGCCCUGCGGUUCAUCCUGAGGCGGACGGAGGAUGGUAGGGGUGGCCAUGGCAGCCACCCAAAGCAGGUGACCCGGCAGCCAGAGGAAGGCAAGGAGAGCCUGAGCAAGAAUCUGCUCUUAGUAGCCCUGUGCCUGACCUUCGGGGUAGAGGUGGGCUUUAAGUUCGCCACCAGGACCGUCAUCUACCUGCUCAACCCUUGUCACCUGGUCACCAUGAUGCAUAUCUUCCUCUUGGCCUGUCCUCCAUGUCCGGGAGCUAUCGUGGUCUUUAAGUUACAAAUGCACAUGUUGAAUGGAGCUCUUCUGGCACUUCUGUUUCCUGUGGUAAAUACCCGGCUGCUCCCCUUUGAAUUGGAGAUCUACUACAUUCAGCAUGUCAUGCUCUACGUGGUGCCCAUCUACCUGCUUUGGAAAGGAGGUGCUUACACACCAGAGCCCCUCUGCAAUUUCCGGUGGGCUCUUCUCUCAACUGGCCUCAUGUUCUUUUAUCACUUCAGCAUCCUGCAGAUCCUCGGCCUGGUCACCGAAGUGAAUUUGAACAACAUGCUGUGUCCGGCCAUCUCAGACCCAUUCUACGGCCCCUGGUAUCGCGUCUGGGCCUCGGGACACCAGACUCUCAUGACAAUGACCCACGGGAAGCUGGUCAUCCUGUUCUCAUACAUGGCUGGGCCCUUGUGUAAAUAUCUGCUAGAUUUGCUACGGCUUCCAGCCAAGAAAAUAGACUGAAGGUGCUUCUUUUUUUUGUCUCCCCAAGGAAGCAAGUCCUGACUUGACUUGGAGAACACCCAGUUCUUGAUGAAAUCAUGGGAGAGGACACUAGAUGUUGGCUGUGUUUCUUUUUUCCUCCUUUCUAUCCCCUUCUUCCACCACUCUUCCUUCCUCAGUUCCUCCCCCUGGAUGUCUCAUUGUGCCUGGGGUGUGGUGCUGGGGCAGGAUCUUUCCUCCUUCCCUCCCUUGGCUCUGUCUCCCCCUCCCAGUGGCCUUAUCUAGGGAGACGGCAGUCAGCAGGCCUCUUACUCUGCUUGUUGGUGCUUUAACAACAGCUGGUUGAGGAGACAGGGAACAACAAACAGUAGUUCUGCCUGUGUCACAGCAAUGAAUCUGGGCUGUGUUUCAUUUCUCCACUGCCAGGGACCUCCAUGUUCAUGUGGGGAUCUCCUUUUGUCUCCAGCACAGCCCCCACUGUAAGGGGACAUUAGGCCUUGUUCUCUACCAGCAGCAAGACCAGAGUCAAGGGAUUUCCCUGGGCCACGUUAUUCCCACUAGUGGCAUAACUCAAAGUAGGGAACCACCCAGCCGCUCCCUCCAGGAUUCUGCCUUGGUGGGAGAUGAGAGCACCACCCCUGCUGAAAGGCCAGAUUCUGAGUGGGUUGGGGAACUGUUGCAAUGAUGAAUCCAAAGGGCAUAGAGUAAAAAUCAGAGUAUCAAGCAGGACCCUGUGCAGAUUGCCAAGGAGAGCUGAAAACUGAUCCACAUCCCCAUGAGAAGUGAGCGUACAGAUUAAGGAAAUAAUCAGUGAAAAUGAUAACUUGAGAAACCUGUGAUUGGAACCAUGUUCCCUGUUCAUGUUGAUAAUAGAUCCCAUUUUAAUCUGCAGUGCUCUUUUAGCAUGCUUUCCUUUGUCUUUGUCUGUGUCUCUGCCUCUCUAAGGCAGCUUCAAGGAAAAAUGAGCUUCAAGGAAUUUGGCAUUGUUUUGCUUUACGUUUUUGAUUGUUUUUGGAUGUUUCAAUUAGGAAAAAUCUUGCAAUAGGGCCCAUUUCUGAAAGUCCCUGGAGAUCCAUUUUUAGGGUUUAUAGCAUACAGCACAUCCUGGUUUGGGAAACCACAGCUCCUGCCAAGCAUUGUUUCCUUCCAGCCAGGUUUCUUUGGUACAGCCAGACUCCAUGGUGAAUUGUGGAGCACGGUAGGCAGGCAUCACAUGCUUCCCAUGCUGCCUAUCUGCAAAGCCCAUGUCUAGUUUGAAAGGGAGCUGCUGAAGGAUUGGGUCCUUGCAGGUGGAGACUGAAGUGCUGCACAAGGGCUAGCUUUUAUUGAAAGCACCUGAUUUGUGCUCAGUCCUGUGUGGACCUCAAGAAGGGAUGCUGUAACUAGAGGUUUGCUGGUUCUCAGUUGCCUGCUACUAGAUCAGAUUUGCUUCAAAACAGAAAUGCUCAUUCUAUGACUUCCUCCAGUGAGCCUCCUCUGCCCUCCACCACUCUAGACAAUCUUGUGCCCUGAUUCAGUACCAGUAUUUCAUGUGUAGCCUUAUUAGACACAGAUUGAGCUUCAGUGGUUUAGUGAUCAUGCCUUUAGCAAAAGCACUUCUUGGAGGCAGCAACAUGUGGGAAAGUCUUAAGUACACAGAGACCUGAGGAAGUAGCCCUGGGAGGGACUGUUCUUUGGCAGAGGUCUGCUGGGAUUAAGGGGGUCACUUGGAGGAGGGCACAGAUAGCCAGAGGGGAGGGCAUUAAUGCCCUUGCUAUCCUUGAGCUCCUUGCAACAUGUAACCUUUGGUUUUUGCCCUCUUUAAGAACUGGGCCAAGCCUCUCCUGCUACGGUUUCCCUCUAGUGGAAGCACCUCUUGAGUGAUUGGAUUCAGCCUACCAUGUGUUUAAAGCUGCUUCAUGUAGGAGUCUGGUGAGAAAAUAUGCAAGGGCUCUGUGGCCCUUGGCCUCUCUAGAAAAACUAAGGGUGGAAAGAGGGCAUGGGAAGAGCUCCUGGGGACCUGGCCUGGCCACUAACAGAACAUGGCAGAUCUAUGCCUCCAUUUGGGGACCAGCUGCAGAAUACCACAGUGGUGUGACUGUAGGUACGUACUUUCUUCCUAUCUCUGACAUAGCACAGAUUGCAGUCAUUUUGGGCUUUCCCUGUACUGGCAUGCCUCCAAAAGCUUGCCUCUGCCCUGGCUACCACUCAGCACUCCAUUCUGGCAGGCAGUUUCUGGUGCUUGGAAGGAGAGAUGAAAGUGAAAGCCAUGAAUGAGCCCAGUAUGUCCAGGCCAGAGACAGAUACACCUGUCAGGGAAAGAGCAAAGUGGAGCGAAGUUACAGUGGCUCAAUCUGGCUCACAAACGUGCGGGUUGAAUGAACAGGUAGCAGGCCACUUUCAUGGGCUCCACAAGGAAUUUGGGGAUUUGAGGAGGAGUGGACAUCUGAAUUGUUCUGUCUCUCUUACCUUGUCCAAGCCCCCAUAGUGACAGGUAAUCUAGUCAGAAUCAUUAGAGGCCUGCCUUGUGGGUGGCCCUCAUAUCUUUCCAGCCACCAGCCUGCCACUGGCCCUGGUACAGAACCAAGGAAGAAGCUGCAGUUUGCACAUUCAGGACCAGUGGGGUCUGGCUUCUCAGUUUUUCCUAAGAGCUUUCCUGUUAGUGCCCAGACCACUCCUUGACCACUCCAGCCCAACUGCCAUCUGCCAUUUUCCCGGUAUGUAAGCUCUAUGCAUGUAUGCAAGACUGUCUUUCAGUAAGCCUCAGGAAGGGAAAGGAGUGGUCCCUCGAGUCCCAGGUCACUAUAAUCAAGGGUCUAAGUCAAUGAGAACAGUCUGUUGAGCUGGCAAACUUGCAGCAUUCAUCCUGAAUAUCAGGGUGCUGGGUGGCACUCUGAGUAAUUUAAGCACUUCCUCACUCUCAGUAUUUGGUUUUGGACACCAAAAAAGAUCAGGCCCAAUUUUCUCUCAGAGGCACAGUGACAUGCUUCUGUUAGCCUGAGGGCACCACAGGAGAUUCCAAGGCUUCAAACUCCAUCUCCCUGAGUUAACAUGCUCUCUUUCUCUAUGGACCUGCUACCAUUCAGAAAAUCCAUUUUCAGGGUCAUUGGGUUCAGCAGGGCAGUACCUCAGCCUAGCUGUCAGAUCAUCCCUUUUGCUAUAGCCUCCAUCCAGGUUUCCAUAUGUGUAACCACUGCGUUCCACAAAUAACAUGGUGUCAGCAGGUUUCCAUGAUCUGUGGGCCAGCCCAGGUCCUGGGCAUAAGCAGGGUACUCAGGAGGCCGUACACGGGCCCAUUCUCCCUCUGUCUACCAAAAAGACUUUCUGGGACUUGAGGACAUUGAGCCAGCACCAUUUCUAGUGAAGGAGACAUGGUGUGUGUGUGGGGGGGGAAACAAAGGCCAUGUAUGACACUGUAAGACAAGAUACUGGUGUUGGUUUUGGUUUAUCAGGAGCAGACACAUGUAAGGGAUCUCCACAGGCUCUUCAGGCUGCUUAGCCACUGCCCUGCAUGCCCUGGAAGACCCCCAAAGGGCCGCUGGACUCUUAGUGUAGCUUUGCCCUGGGAUCAUUGUGGCCACAUAGCCUUGAGUUUCCAAGGGGAACUUUCAGCAAGAGGGAACAAUCCAUCUUCCUGUGUAAAUAGAGUGACCCCAUAUGUGCUCAGGAAAAUGUAGUCGCUUGCUGUUGCCCUUAACUUUGGCAUUUUUGCAUACUGGUUUGCUACUCAAGGCACUAAGCAGACAAAAAACUCACGAAAAACAAAACAAAGUCAUGGAAAAAACUAAAAAAAAAAACAUUUCCAAAGCAAAGGUGUUUUUGGAAAUUCUUGCUUUUUUGAUGUCAAUGUUGUGUUCUGUUUUAAAUCCCUCUUCAGUUAUUUUGGUGUUAUUCUAGUGAAGAAAAGAGGAUAGGCUGAUGUGUAAUUAUUUCUGCCUGGACAUUGGCAAAUGCCUCUGCCCCACUUAUCUGCCCCCACUCUUCUUAUUCCCAAACUAGGAUUGCUGUGUGCUGGGCUGACCCCUCGCUCCUCCUCCCACCAUGAGCACGCAGGGGCUCCCCUCAGAACCAGUCUUUCUAACACCUCUAAUCAGCAGCAGGGUGAACCUCUUUUUCAGGCUGGUUCCUGAGUGCUCUGUGCCCCCCUCCUACAGUUUUGCUCAUCUCUUGGGGUGUUUUGUAAUGUGUUUUCUCUGUUUUGUAAAACCUUUUGAUUGUACUGAUGAUUUCUGCAGUCACCUUUGGAAAUAAAUGGUCCUUAAUUUGUGUA